CACAGAUUACGGAAAUGCAUGUGGAAAGGUAAACAUAUUAAAUCUUGGCCAUGUUGCAAAUUGUGCAGAAUUUACAGAUAGCAUAGCUAGAGCUGGUAGCUCAUCAGCGAGACAAGUUGCAGGUUUUAGUCUAUAAUUAUUGUGAUCAUAUCUGAUCUACUUCUCUACUUCUUCUCUACUGUGGAGUCUGAUUGAUCAUUAACCUCAAGAAUUUCAGCAGAGAGGCUCUAGAGAUGUCUGAAGACCAGAUAACAGUGGGCUCUUUAGGAGAGACCUUCAGAGACAUUCUAUCACAUAUGAAGGGGAGCAUACCGGUUUGGGAGGAAUUUCUGGCGAGAGGGGUCAAGUUCCACAAGCAGUUAGAGCAAACGGUGGUGGCUUUUCACAGUUUUCUCGAGGGGCUUAGUAAGGUGUCUGAUGUCGCGUGUAGAGCUAAAGGAGGUACGAAUGACGUGGGAGCUGGUCUCACUAGUCUGGUCAACUGGCACAAAGGGCAAGAAAUGAAAAUGAAAGAUCUCAACUCUGCUUUACUUACAAAGAUGCUGGCCCCUCUUCAGUCGAGAAUUGAGCAGUGGAAGAAGACAACUGCACUCAUGGACAAAGAGCAUGAUAAAGAGGUCCACAAGGCGGUGAAGGAGAUCAAGGAAGCCUCUAAAGCAGCUGCCAAGACACAGAAAAGCCUGGAGGGAAAGCUAAAAAAAGAUAAGACUGAGAAGGCAACUCUCCUCAAGAAACAGCUGGACAGGCAACGACUGGAACGAGAGCGCCUCCUUCGCGAGACAGAGGAGCGUGAGAAGCAACAGCUGAACAACGCCAUGCUUGAGGAGAGAACCUGGUAUUGUGGGUUUGUGGCUGCCUACAGUAAGAGCCUCGAGAUAGAGUCCAGUAUGUACACUGAAGUGGACAGACUCAACACUUCACUGCAAGACUUGGAGGCAGCCAUCACACAACCUACAGAGCUGCCUGACAUUGCUAAGGAGUUUAUUGAGAACUGGAAGAUCCCAUCGUCAUCCUCGGACACACACAAGCACUAUCACCAUAUUCAUGGCCAGGGCUCAGUGGCAUCACUAAACUCCGCCCACUCUCACACCUCUAUCUCGUCGGCAGGUUCCCACGAGAUCUCCACUCCCGUGGGCGGGAUGGCCUCAUCUGUUGGAUUAUCGGCCACGCCUCCCAAUUCGAGUAUUGGAUCGUCCAUGGCACCUCCGCCUCCUGGACCACCCCCUCCUAUGGGGGGUUCGCAGUUCCCACCCCCUCCACCUGGACCACCCCCACCAAUGGUUCCCGGAGCUCCGCCCCCUCCACCAGGACCACCAGGUGGACAGUUCCCGCCCCCUCCACCAGGACCACCAGGUGGACAAUUCCCGCCCCCUCCACCAGGACCACCAGGUGGACAAUUCCCGCCCCCUCCACCAGGACCACCAGGUGGACAAUUCCCACCCCCUCCACUAGGACCACCAGGUGGACAGUUCCCGCCCCUUCCACCGGGACCACCCCCACCUCCAAUGGCACCUGGAGCUCCAUCUUAUUCGUCAGGUUACCCAGGCUCAAUGUAUCCACCUCCUCCACCGGGACCUCCCCCAAUGGGCGGUUACCCCGGACAACUGCCUCCUCCCCCUCCCGCCAACUUCCCUCCUACCACAUCAGAGUACGCCCACAUCACACAAAGACCUUUGCCCCCUGUUCCCGGCUACGAUAUGGACUGCAUGGCACCCCCUUACAAUCGCACGAGCAUCGUCUCCGUUUCCCCGUCAGAAAUGAGUCUAGCGUCACAUCAGAGCUCAGAGUCGUCUCGCUCUUUAUCACCUCCCAUCGGCCCUAGCUACAGUCCUGGACAAAGCCGGGUACAUCUUGACUCAGUGAGGGAGGCAGAUCCAGGGAAUGAUCUGCAGGCUGCCCUCAUGAACAGACUCAAGCAACGGAAGCUCUCCACUGAAACUUCUGGGAUGAUUGCCACCCUUCCCCGUAAUCAUGCCCCCAACCCCUCCCCCAUGAUGAUGAGGGGAGGACCCCCCGUGUCUCAUCGCCCCCCACGAGGUCCAGGGAGGGGACCAGUCAGGAGUGCCUCCGUCAACAUUCACACACAUGGAUCGUACAAUGAUCGGGUAUCUCCCCUCCUCUAUAACAACAGUCCGAGUCAACCGGCCCAUCACGUCUUCAACCAAAACCACACCCAACAAGGCGAGGCCGGUAGUGACUCAGAUCAUGAAGAAGAAUCCGCUUUUGCCAAAGCUCUUAGGCUGAAAAGACUUAAGAAAACUGUUUCAGUGGAUGGCUAUUAGGAUGAUAUGUAUAGUUAUAUUAAUGGAUGUACUCUGAAAGGUUAUAGAUACACACAAUAACUGCAUAUAAUGCUUAAUUAAUUAUAUUAUUAUAAAUAAUUAAUAUCUGAUUGUGUAGAAGAUUAUUUAACAAAGUGUGAGUGUUUUUGUGAUUACAUACGUAUAAAGCUGUUUGUGUGUUUUGUAUAA